AUGAGUACAUCUCUUAAUGGUAAGACGGAGUCCAUAGCAAAUGGCAUAAACGGGCAGGGCGAUCCGCCACCUCCACCACCCUCCGAUUCUAUACCUCCUCCGCCUCCAGAAAACUUCGCUCCACCUCCUCCCCAGGAUCUGCCUCCGCCUCCUCCUUCCGAGUCGCACGCUCUUCCUCCUGCUCCACCACAAGAGCUGAAGAAAAAAGCUGGUUGGGGAGCACCGAAAGGCAGGCAGCCACUAAGUAUAGAAGAGAUACUACAGAAGAAGAAAGAGGCAGAUCAAGCUGCAGCGAAGCCGAAAUUUCUGUCGAGAGCACAAAGGGAGAAGCUGGCCUUGGAAAAACGAGAGAAGGAGGUCGAAGAACAACGACGGAAAACCGAAGCUGAGCGACAACCUAUUGCGGCCGCCCCUAGGCAGGUACCGAAUGGCUCUGGAGGAUCCGAUAGACGCAGAGAUGAUGAUAGACGGGGCCCAUCAAAUGUGCCAACAGGCCCAAGGUCGAUGCGACACGGGGAUACAGCACCACCAACUGGCCUAUCCGGAAGGAAUGGAAAUAACGGGAGACAACAAGGGAACAUGGGCCCUCCAGAUAAACAAUCUGCAAAUUCUGGAAAGGGGUCCUUAGCUGGAGAAAAGCGGCCCGCGAAUGGCGAAAGCACAGAAGCUGCGCUCACUCGAGUGAGAUACAUGGGAGCGGAAGUAAAUCAGUCUACAUUUUCGGCCAACAAGAAGAGGAGGCGGACCACUGAGAAGAAGUUCAACUUCGAGUGGAAUGCCGAAGAAGAUACAAGCCCGGAUUAUAACCCCAUCUAUGCACAGCGGGCUGAAGUUAACUUCUUCGGAAGAGGCAGACUCGGCGGAUUCGCAGAGGACCCCGAAAGCGGGGUUUUAAAAUAUGCGAAGGCGCUUGAAGAAAGAGAUUCGGAAGCGGGCUCGGCACGCGCAAGGGAGCUUCUUGAGAUGGAGCGUCGCAGAAGGGAGGAUGCUGGGGGUAGAAACUCCCUCGACAAGCAUUGGAGCGAGAAGAAACUCGAGCAUAUGCGAGAGCGCGAUUGGCGUAUUUUCAAGGAGGACUUCAACAUCAGCACAAAAGGUGGAGCGAUACCCAACCCUAUGCGAAACUGGGGCGAAUCUGGUUUGCCUAAACGGCUCAUGGAUGUUAUUGCGAUGGUUGGUUAUGACGAGCCAUCUGCGGUCCAACGAGCUGCCAUACCAAUAGCGUUACAAGCCCGAGAUCUUAUCGGUGUUGCCGUUACAGGUUCUGGUAAGACCGCAGCGUUUUUGCUGCCGCUGUUGGUAUACAUAUCGGAAUUGCCAGUGUUGAACGAGUUCACGAAGAACGAUGGGCCUUAUGCGAUAAUUCUAGCGCCAACUCGUGAAUUGGCGCAGCAGAUCGAAGCUGAGGCAAAGAAAUUCGCAACACCACUCGGAUUUACUUGCGUCAGUAUUGUUGGUGGCCAUUCUCUGGAAGAACAGGCUUACAAUCUUAGAAACGGUGCAGAGAUCAUUAUUGCAACCCCUGGUCGACUUGUCGACUGUAUUGAGAGGCGCCUCCUUGUCCUCGGCCAGUGCUGUUACGUGAUUAUGGAUGAAGCAGAUCGCAUGAUCGAUUUAGGCUUCGAAGAAUCUGUCAACAAGAUCUUGGACGCUCUGCCAGUAGGGAACGAAAAACCGGACACAGAAGAAGCAGAAGAUCCACAAGCUAUGACACAACAUCUCGGAGGCAAGGAUAGGUACCGACAGACGAUGAUGUACACAGCUACUAUGCCUUCGGCAGUUGAGAAGAUUGCCAAGAAGUAUCUGAGGAGACCUGCAAUUGUAACGAUUGGAAAUGUUGGUGAAGCUGUCGAAACCGUUGAACAGCGCGUCGAAUUUGUCUCAGGCGAGGACAAAAGGAAGAAGCGCCUCAAUGAGAUCCUGGCCUCUGGAGAGUUCGCACCUCCCAUCAUUGUCUUUGUCAAUAUCAAGCGCAACUGCGACGCUGUUGCGAGAGAUAUCAAGCAUAUGGGAUUCACAUCAGUUACCCUCCAUGGUAGCAAAACGCAAGAACAGCGUGAAGCUGCCUUGGCUUCGGUUCGCUCAGGACAAACAGAUGUGCUGGUUGCAACAGAUCUUGCUGGAAGAGGUAUCGAUGUCCCUGAUGUCAGUUUGGUGGUCAACUUCAAUAUGGCGACGAAUAUUGAGAGUUACACCCAUCGCGUUGGUCGUACUGGUCGUGCGGGCAAGAGUGGUGUGGCUAUUACCUUCCUGGGUAAUGAGGAUGCGGACGUGAUGUACGAUUUGAAGCAGAUGUUGAUGAAGAGCUCCAUCUCGAGGGUACCAGAAGAGCUGAGGAAACACGAGUCUGCACAACAGAAGUCCACAAGAGGUGGUGGGCAGAAGAAGAUAGGAGAGAGCAGCGGUUUUGGAGGGAAGGGCGGGGGAUGGUAA